AUGGCUGAACUAGCCUUAGUCCGAAUAUCUUUGAAACUAGUAUGGGGAUUAAUUGCAAAUAGAGCGAUUGCACGCUUGGAAACAGGGGACCCAACGGACGAAAAAUUUCGGCAACUUCUGUUGUCAGAAUUCCGAAAACUUCACGAGGAACUUGAUGCCUUAAGACGCAAAGAAUUGGUGGCCGCGACGGCUUUUAUGGAGAAUGCCUACGAAAUUCUUAACGACGAUCCAGAGGAAGCAAAGAAAGAGUUCAACAAAGCAAGAGAUGCGGCUCAGGUCGCUUUGGGUGUAGUGAAGGAGUUGCAAGAUAAAGUUCUAGCCACCAAAAUAAUGAUUGCAUCGGCUAUACACGAAUUUGUAGACAAGCCCGAAGUAGCUGCAUCCUUGUGCAUGAAGUACGUAUCUAGACUCAAUUCCCUUCCGUCUGUGGUAAAUGCUUCGAGUAUUCAAAUCGGGCAAAAGAUGGGUCCAAAAUGGCGCUGGGGAAGCAACAAUGUUACUAGGCAAGACGUGUUAGGUAAGGUCUCUGAAAUUAAUCGUUGUGUAAGGUACUUUGUCAUAGACCAAACCAGCAGUAGUAAAUAUCUAGAAAGCAACUCCUCACACAUUGCUGUGGAUGGAAGGAUGGUGGAGCCUCUGACAGAAUUUAUCCUUCUACGAAAAUGUGUUGAGCUAGCAACACUACAAGAGGGGUCUGGUACCCCUAUUGCCAUGGUAGCAAUGGAAAACAAGAUCUUCUUAGCUCAGAGCCAGGUAGCAUCACAACAAAGUGACCCCUUCCUUGGAAAUGCUAUCAAGUGCCUGGAUCUUGAAGCCAUGGAAGUUUCUGAUCUUGUCGGUCACACAGGCACUGUCUUGUGCAUGAUUGGUGUUGGUAGCAAUGUGGUUUCAGGUUCAUUUGAUAAGAAAAUCCUCAUCUGGGAUGCAAAUUCUGAGAAGUGUGUACACAUUCUGUCAGGACAUGAAGGAUCAGUCAGGUGCUUAGCAGAUAACGAUGCUCACAUCUUCUCUGCCUCUACUGACAGCACUAUCAAAGUGUGGGACAGGGUAACAUUUGAGCUGCAGUGCACCCUGGAUGGACACCAAGCACCCAUUUCUGCAUUAGCUGUUUCCAACAGGCAUCUAUUCUCCUGCGAAGUUAAUGGACCUAUCAAGUACUGGGAUCUGAACAAAUGGACUUGCUUGCAUGAUGUUAAAUCCCCUGGGAAUGUUGACAAAAUGUACAUCAUCAACAGCUCUCUGCUCAUUUCCUAUGAACAGAAAAUUUCUGUUGUCAACUUGGGGAACCUUAAAGAAGUCACUGUUGUCAAAGAAGCUGCUGAAAUGUCUCGUGUGAUUGGCAGAACCCUAUGUACUGCAUCAGAUGGUACUUUACACUCCCUGGAUGUAUCAAAUAUGAAGUCUAUUGCAUCCAAGGUCUUAAAGGUUGAUGACAUUCCACAUUGUGUUAAGUGUUUGUAUUACGAAGAGAUGAGUGGCUAUUUGUUUAUCAUUUGUCAGUUUUCUACACAAAAUGGGGGAGAAAGAAGUGUUUUGUUUAGAAUGUAG